ACACUCUUGUGGUUAUUGUGGAUGCUUUCCUGUCAAGCUCUUCCUAAUCAUUCUGCUAUGUGGAGUAUUCUGGAUUAGCUGGGGCAAGAAGUGGUGUCAAGCCCACUUUGUAAUUGGUUAAUUAAUGGAUCAAGCUCAUUUCUAAGUUUGGACAGGAUCGCAUGAUUUAUCAUUUAUUCCUCCUUAGAAGUUGAUACGGAAGAGCGAUGAAAGAGACUGGAAUGUUUGUCAUGAAUGUACAAUUUAGGUAAACAUUCAGUUAACCCAUAACAUUAGCCAAAUGUUUUUGUUCAACAAUAUUGCCUUAAUGCUGGAGGUGCUUUCUCAACAUUUUCAUUGAAGAUAGUCUAUUUACUUUGAAGUUCUUCACUGGAAGCCUAUACUCUUUGUACCCUCAUAUCCUCAACCAAGAUGGAAGGAUUGUUAUGUUUGUCAAAACCUGCAAAAGAGUAUGCUGAGUUUCAGGCAUGCCUAUCAGAAAACAACAAUGCAGACCCUGAUUCUGAGGAUGUCCCUCACAGAACCAGCCUCUCUGGAAAGCUAUCUACGACAUCGAUGACCUCUGUCGGAUCAAUGUCGGCAGUGAGCAACGAGGAGCUCAAGGACUUCCUAGAGCAGAUGAAAUGGCAUAUCAACAACAAGCUGGACAAUACCAGGAUAGAGAUGGUGGAACUACGGAAGAAGGUGAACUCUAUCGAUGAGAAACUAAAGAUUGUCCUUGAGGAGAAGGAAGGUUCCUGCGAGCAUUGCCACCAGGAAGUUGAAAAUGGAAUAUUGGAACCAGGGGAGGAUAACAGUGGAGCAGAUGGAGAUGGUGGAGGGGUUCCUUCCGUAGGGAACUCCAAAGGUGGUGUACGACGAGGAAGUGGUAGUCUAGCAAAGAGCAUCAAGGGUGUCUUCAUGAACAGCAAUAAUAACAAAGUAGAUAGGCAUAGUCAUGGAAAUCUCAAACCAGAUAAGCAGAUCAAUGGUGGACCCAUUGCUGAGGAAGAAGAACUUGAGAAACGGAAAACUGUCACAUUUGGACAAGAUGUGGUUGUAAAAGAAUUCCAGAGAGUUUUUAGUGGAAGGAAAAGAUCAAAGAAAGGUCAGAAGGUCAUUGUCAGGGAGGAAGUUCCAGAAGAAGAUGAAGAAGAGGCUGAGGCUGAGAGGAAUAAUUUGGAAAAUGGAAAGCACAGUGAAAUUAUCAAAGAAAAUGGGCAUACUAAAGAUGAGGAUAGUGAUGAUUUUACAGAUUCUGAAGAAGAGACGCAAAGGUCAGAAGCUGCUACAUCAGGAAGCAAAGGGCUUACAAUAGAUAUUGCAAAGCUGAGAGAAGAAGCGUGGAGGAAUAGCAAAUCUGUCGAUGCACCGAAUCAAUACCAAAACACAACAAUUGGAGAUCUUCCAGAAGAUACCUAUGAGAUACCAGUACAAGAUGAACCUCCAGCGUUACCACCAACCAUUAGCAGACCACCAAUCAAGAGAAUAAUAGAUGAAAGAGAAGACUUCUAUGAAGAUCCAGAUGAUCAAGAAUCAGGAAGGGGGUCGAUGCCACCUGGGUCAUGCAGUGAUGAAGGGAGUGGUAAUACGUUUGUAUUCUCACAAAAAGGAGAAAAGACUGAUUAUCAAAUCGAAGAGGAUUUCAACAGUGACUCCACAGAAUAUGAAGAUGUUGAAGAUAUCGAUGUAGAACAACUUCAGCAAGAAAAGCAGAAGAAACCAAAGGUGGACAAACUGGAGGAGUUCAAGAAUGACCACAGACACGAAGAGGACAUUGACCUUAUCGAUAGGCUUCUUAUGCUAAACAACUAUUUCAGUACAAUUAAGAGUGUUGGCAAGUGGGAAAAACGUUACUGCAUAGCGAGGGAUGGACAACUCUUUCUCUACAAAUCAUAUAAAGACAAGCAAUCAAAAGCCCAGCGGUUACCGUUGAUGGGCUACAAUGUGUUCUUACUAGGACAACAAGGUAAACAAGAUCAUGUGAUCAGGAUAGAACAUCACAAUAUCAAACCUCCUAUUCUUCUUGCUUCAGAUUCAGCUGAAACAUCAAACAAAUGGGUUGCUGUCCUUCAGAGGUAUUCUACCAUAAAUCACACCAUUGUUCCUGGAGGUCAGCAGGAUGAAGAGGAUGGAGAGGAUAGUCCAGACAAGAAGAAAGGUAAAUUGUUUCAUCGAGAAAAGAAAGAUGGAACUCCACAACUCACUAUAGAAGGAGAUGUAUUAUCAGGUUAUGUAAACAUUUUGGGGGCCAAGUUUGGAGAUGUUAAGAUCAGACGAAGAUGGAUCACACUACAUGAUAUGGUAUUCUCAUGCUCUGUGGCCAGAGAGGAACCUAAGAGUUUUAGCUUUAGUAUCAGAGGUAUUGAUGUCACUGCAGCUGAUAAGAAGGAAGUCAAGAUGAAAGGAGCAUUUAAACUCAGCAAAGAUGGAGAAGUUUACUUGUUUAUUGAGGCACUCAACAUGUUAGAUGCUGGACACCUACUGAAGAAGCUUGUAUCAGCCUCCAUGAGUGCUACUACCAAGACAAGCGCUGGAGGAAAACCAGCAAGCUCUAAUGCAGCUGAGGAGAGUGGCAUGGUGGCUAAGCUACUUGCUUCAUUUGAGACGGCUGCUGAUCAGACAGACAACGCACAGAGAAGGUUUUCAACCAUAAGUCAGCUGUCGACCGCAUCCACCAUUGAGCCAUUAUACGAUGAUACAGAUUUGUCUCCAGGACCAGAUGAAAACUAUGAAAACAGCAUUGUCAGAUCACCACCUUCUGAAGCUGCAGGAAAGCGAAAGAAUUUUUUUAAAGAUAAGCUUAAGUUUACCAGGGGUCGUCAGUCUACUGUAGAAGACCAAGGAUUGUAUGAGGAUACUAUAACGCCACCUGUUGGAGGAGCACCAGACGAUAUUUAUGACGAUGUCCUAGCCCCUCCCAUUCCUCCACCUAGUGAAAAGACAACAGCCCAAAAGAAAACAAUGUCGUUACCACCUGAGAAUGACGUACAUGUACCUGCUGUGUUUGAGGAUCUUUAUCUUGAGGUUUUAAACGACUCAGAAACAACAACCAAGGAAUCGCCGGCAGAGGCAUCUGUUGAUACACUCCAAAUUCCUAAUACCUCUCAAGCCCCAUCUUCUCCUUCUUCUGCGCAAUCUCGAAUAAAGAAUUUCAAAUUAAAUUUCAAAGUCAAGAAGGACAAGGAAAAGGAGGUGAUUAGCCCAACGGAACCUGUUCCUGGGGAGAAGAAAGAGACAGAGAAGGAGAGGAAACAGAGGGAGAAACGGGAAAAGAAAGAGAAGAAAGAGAAAGAGAAGAAGGAGAAAAAGAAGAAGAAAGAGAAGGAAGAAGUGGAGGAGGUAGCAUCUACUCCAACAACUCCAUCAACUCCAGUGUCAACUCCAUCUCUUCCAUCAACUCUUGAGACACCGGAGAAGAUAGGAGAAGUUAAGAAACCAUCUCCUGCUCUUCAGAGGAAACCAUCAGCCCCAGUGAAUAAAUUCAAGGAUUCUAGCAUGAGUCACCUAUUACUGAAGGAUAAAUUGAUGCAGGAUAGAAAGGAAUUGGAGAUGCAGCAGAAAGAACUUAAGACAAAGAUAGCAGACCUGAGGGCUAAGAAGAUGUCAUCUUCAGAUGCAAUAGAGAAAGAGAAGAUACAGAAAGAAAUAGAUGUCAUGCAGAAAGAUUUACGGGAGCUAAACAAGAAACAUGUCCAAAUCUCUGCGGAAAUUGAUGACGCUACUGGGAAAAAGAAAGAUGCAAGUGAUUCCUCAUCAGAGAAUGAAAAUGGUGCAAGUGAAUCCUCGCCCUUCACUAAGAAAGCAUCGGUGAGAUCAUCUUCGCCAGGAAGAGAAAAUGUUAGCAAAGGAACGGUAUCAGAUAGAAUGAAGAUGUUCUCACAAAGCAACUGAUUUGAUAGAAAGUUUAAUGUAUGUAUCAGGGGAAAUGACCAAGUGAGAACCCUCAGCACUUACAUACGUUAUUUUCAAAGGAUU